AUGUCGACUUCCUUGCACCCAAUCCGAACAACAUUUCAGCGGGAGAAUAUGGGCAAAGGAACUGAUAAACUCUACAUCACUCAUUCCGAAUGGGCUUCCUCCGAUGCCUACUCAGCCUCAGCAGGCGCAGGCGUACACGCUGACACAAGUGGCCAUGCGGCGUUCAAGAGAUUACCAUUCAGCUUCUGCGCCCUGAGUCUACAACCAUUCCAUACCCCCGUCUGUUCUGCCGAAGGAACCAUUUUCGACCAUGAAAACAUCAUACGAUGGCUUCUGAAGCACGAUACGAACCCGACGAAUGGAAAACCGUUAAAACAGCAGGACUUGAUCAAGUUGAAUUUCGCAAAGAAUGACAGCGGAGAAUAUGUUGAUCCCGUCACGUUCAAGGCCUUUACGGACAACACCCACAUCGUCGCAAUCAGACAUGGUGGAUCGGCCAAUGUUUUUGCCUAUGAUACUGUUGAGCGAUUGAAUAUCAAAGCCAAGAUGUGGCGAGAUCUAGUGUCGGACGAGGAAUUCUCGAGAAAAGACCUAAUCACCCUGCAGGACCCGCAGGACCUGGCAUCGCGUAACCUUGGCUCGUUCAAGUACCUCAAAGACGGCGAAGAUUCGGGUAUCCCCAAAGAAGAAGCGUCUAUAAAUUCUGCUUCGUUGGGCAGCGCUGCCGACUUAAAGAUCAUCAAGGCAAAAGAAAUCGUGGCAAAAGCGCGAGCUGACAGAGCGAACGCUCAAUCCAUUACCAAAAAGGAGAAAUCCCAAACAUCCAAUCCGGUCGGCAAAGCGUCAGCCACCACAACCAGCUCGAAACCCACGCCAUACAAUGCAACUCGACACACAACAGGUCUAGCCGCGGCAUCUCUGACCUCGACCGGACUAACGCCCCACACCUCAGCAGCGCUUGCAUUAAUGUCUGAUGAAGAAUACCUCCUGAGACGCGGCCGAGUCAAGGAAAAAGGCUACGUCCGCCUCUCAACGACGGUCGGCGACUUAAAUCUCGAGCUCUGCCCCGAAUACGCUCCCAAAGCAGUAUGGAACUUCGUCCGACUCGCGCAAAAAGGCUACUACCGCGGAAUCACCUUCCACCGAAACAUUCGCAAUUUCAUGAUACAGACCGGUGACCCAACCGGCACCGGACGUGGCGGAACCAGCAUCUGGGGUCAAAACUUCGAGGACGAAAUCGAAGGACCCCUCAAACACGACAAGCGAGGCAUUGUCUCCAUGGCGAACAAAGGCAAAAAUACAAAUAGUAGCCAGUUCUUCAUCACAUACCGGGCCGUAUCGCACUUGGACCGCAAACACACCAUCUUUGGCCAAAUAGUCGAGGACGAUGAUGAGAGUGUGGCGGUACUGAAAAAGCUGGAAGACAUACCCGUGGACAGCCAUGAUCGACCGACAACCGAGAUCAAGAUCAUCGAGGCUGUCGUCUUUAUCGAUCCAUUCGAGGAAUUUUGGAAGAAGAAAAAUGAGGCAGAGCAGGUGAAGGAGGAGAAAGAGAGGAAUUUUUCAGAUAAUCGGACGACCUGGACGGGGAAGAGGAUUCGGAAUGAUGGUACAGUCGACGCAGAGACGGGUAGUGAGGUUGGCAGGUAUUUGAAAGCGAAUAUGGCCAAGACCAAAACCGCGACAGACGAAGGGGAUGACGAUGAGAUUGUCGAGUUUCUCGAUGGGCCGGAGGAGCCGGUACGGAAGAAAGCAAAAGGUGGUGGUGGGUUUGGGAAUUUCGAUGGAUGGUAG